AUGGUCUAUUCAUCAUCAUCAUCAUCAUCAUCAUCAUCAUCAUCAGAGGUUACUGUUCCUCCAACAUCAGAUGGAAGGAUGAUCCACAGUGUUGGUUUCAGCCAACGCUUCACCCAUUUUCUUAACUUGAUAAAUAUUUCCAUGAAUACUUUAGUUAUUAAGGCUAUAAGCCAUGGAAAACUGCUUGUUCAAAAUCAGACUGCUUUUCCAGUUUAUGAGAUCUCAGAAAGUUUAACAAUUUUGCUGGGCUCUGUGAUGAUCUUCACAACCAUUAUGGACAUCUUUGGGAACAUUCUAGUGAUGUUGUCUGUGUUACAAAAUAAAAAACUCAGAAAUGCAGGUAAUAUGUUUGUUAUCAGUCUGUCUGCAGCAGAUCUCAUCGGUGCUCUUUAUCCAUACCCUUUGCUUGUCAGAUCCAUUUUACAAAAUCAUUGGGAAUUUGGAGGGUUGCAAUGCCAGAUUUCAGCAUUCAUUCAGGGUUUGAGUUUCAUUGCUUCUGUGUAUAACAUCAUGGUGAUCGCAAUCAAUCGCUGGUGUUGCAUUUGCCAUGGGUUGAAAUAUGACAAGGUAUUCACCAUGAAGAACACCUACUGCUAUAUAUUCCUUAUAUGGACAAUUAGCUUUAGUUUAGUUUUACCUGGUCCUUUCAUAGGAGCUGUACAAUAUAAUCCACAGGUAUACAUGUGCACAUUCCAGUUCACUGGAAAUGAAGCAUUAUCUACAGUUCUUCUACUCUUUCAUUUCCUUUUGCCCGUAACAAUUGUCACCCUGUGCUAUGCAAGUAUCUGGGUUAUGGUUAUACAAGUCAAGUACAAAAUUAAAAAAGAUAGCAAACAAACUCUCCAUUCAUCUGAUAUGAGGAACUUCUUGACCAUGUUUGCAGUAUUUGUUCUUUUUGCCAUUUGCUGGGCACCAUUCAAUGUUACUGCUUUGAUUGUAGGUUUUAGCCCUCCAGGAAAAGCUCCUAAAUUUCCAGACUGGUUGUUUGUUCUUGGCUUCUUUAGUGCAUGCUUCAACAGCUGUCUUAAUGGUAUUGUUUAUGGGGUUUUUAAUAAGAAUUUUAGGCAGGAGUACAAACGUAUACUGUGGUCACUAUUAACACGUAUAAUAAGAGGAAGAAAAUGA